AUGGGCACAGGAAUUGUCGCAGUACUCAUGAAUUCGGUGCCUUUUCAAACUCCGGUUCUCUACUAUUUGUCGAUCGUGUUCUUUCUGCUCAAUGUGGUGAUAUUCUCACUGGCAUUGAUCACCUCCAUCCUUCGAUACACUCUCUAUCCGGAAAUCUGGCGAGUGAUGAUCCAAGACCCGACCAACUCGCUCUUCUUGGCAACCAUCCCCAUGGGGUUUGCGACACUCAUCGAGAUGUGGGUCUUCAUAUGUGUUCCGCGAUGGGGGCCGUGGGCCACGUCUGUGGCGUGGGCGCUAUGGAUGGCGGACGUUGUUGCGGCGGCUUCAGUCACUCUUUCUCUAUCAUUCAUCUUAAUCUCCCAACGGUACAUCACAUCGCUUGACCGCAUUACUGCCCUCCAACUUCUACCCAUCGCGGCCACCAUUGUUGCGGCUGGAGUCGGCGCUAAGGUCGCUCAUAUCUUGCCAAAUGAGCAACAUGCGAUGGGCACUUUGCUCGUCUCUUUUGUUCUUUGGGGUAUGGGCACUCCGUUAGCAAUCGCGGUGUUGGUCAUCUACUACCAGCGACUGGCUGUUCACAAACUUCCUCCGCGAGAGGCCAUCGUGAGCUGCUUCCUCCCUUUGGGGCCUCUGGGGUUUGGUGGCUUCGGCAUCAUUUAUAUUGGUAAGGUGGCCCGGGAGCUUUUACAAGACUCUGUUGUCCUAGACCCCAUUGCAGGCUCCAUGGCGUACGUCUUGGGUAUUUUCAUCUCCCUGCUCAUGUGGAGUUUCGGGUUGAUCUGGCUUGUUUUUGCAUUGGCGACAGUGCUCUACAGCUCUCCUUUCCCGUUUAACAUGGGAUGGUGGGGAUUCACGUUUCCACUGGGUGUUUAUGCAGCCAACACGAUGGAACUGGGAGUAGAACUAGACUUGAUGUUUUUCAAGGUCUUCGGAACUAUCUUAAGCACUGCAGUGUUGUUGCUAUGGGCUCUCGUUGCGUCCCGCACAGCAGUGGGUGCCUGGCGCGGCAGUCUGUUUUUUGCCCCCUGUCUUCAGAACUUGAACCUGAAAGAAGAUGAUGGGCAAGAUUCGGCAGAGCACGAGUAUCCAUUCCUCCAGGAGGUCUAUAGUCCUCGGGAAGCUCAUAAGAUAGACUUUGUGUUCGUUCACGGUCUGAAUCCGCGAGGUCGAAAUGACCACCCAUUCGAGACAUGGACCCAUUCCAAUGGGAAAUUCUGGCCAAGGGACUUUUUAGCGGAGGACAUCCCGUAUUCGCGAGUUUUUGUGUAUGGGUACAACUCGAACAUCACAAACCCGCAAACCAUGUCCACAGCAAGCAUCAAAGACCAUGCGAACACCCUUUUGAACUUGCUUGACAUGGAGCGCAGCCCGCAGUUUCAAUCUCUGCCGCCAAAAAUCAUCUUCAUCGGGCACAGUCUCGGAGGCUUGGUUAUCAAACAGGCUCUCCUCAAUGCAAAGGAAGAUCCCAAGUACAAUUCUAUCCGCACAUCGACCUCCGGUCUGGUUUUCUUUGGAACCCCUCACCGAGGAGCAAAAGCUGUCGAACUGGGUAAAAUCGCCGUGCGCGUUGCUCGAUUUGUCUCCAAGGGUCAUGCCAGCAACGACCUACUGGACUGCUUGGAACACAACUCGCUCUUCACCCGACAGAUGUCAGAUCGCUUUCGUCAUCAGCUCGAAGACUACCGCGUUGUCAGCUUUAUCGAAGGCAAGGAGGUCUUUUUGGGGGCGCUGCCAUGUAUGAUCCCCAUUGUUAAGAAGGAUCGCAUAGACGACGCGUUGGUGGUCGACGAAGAAUCGGCUGUCCUUGGUCUGUCUGGUCUUCGUGAGACACAGCUGAAGCUCGAUGCCGAUCAUUCGCAAAUGUGCAAAGUCGGCGUCCGAGGCCCGAUGUACCGUCUUAUCAAGGGAAAUAUCAAGCAGCUGGUCGACCAGGCCCUUUUGUCCGAACAAGGCUUCAUUCCACAACCAUCCCCUCAGCCGACGACGGGAUACAAUCCACCCCCACUGCCCCCUCGUAUGCACUCCAACAGCAGUGCACCAUACUCUCCUCCAGGACAACCGCCUCAAAUCACUCAGAGGGUGGUUGGUGCAAUGUUUUCCCCUUUGGAUAACGACCCACGAUCCAUUCGAGCAGCCGAGUUGAAAGAUCGCGGGAAGUGGGAUGAGGCCCGGAAUGUCGAAUAUGAAAUUUUCCAGGAGCAUCUCCGGACGCUGGGUCCCGAUCAUGCCAGCACUCUUGCGGUGGGAUAUAAUUUGGCCGAAAUCGAGCUCGAGUCGAGCUUCCUGGAGAAGGCCAGUGAAUGGUGCCAAUGGGUUACGGAUAACUCUCGCCGUGUGUUUGGGAACAGCCACGCCCUUCCCAUGCGAUCAGAGAGUCUCAUGGCCGAGAUUAUCGGUCAAAAGGGCAAAUACCAGGAGUCGGAGUCGAUCUGUGCUAACUUGUUGGCCCGCCAGCAAAUCAAUAUUGGUGAAGAACAUUUAGAUACGUUGGAGACUCGACGCCGGCUCGGUAUGGCAUACAACGCCCUCAAUCGCCGAGAAAGUGCGAUCAUGACCGCCGAAAAGCUCACGGAUACUCUGAAACGCCUAUUGGCACUGGUCAAAGUGUUUGACCCCGCAGUCCAGCAAGCAUUUGAUAUUUUGCCCCAGGUGUACGAGGAGCUCCGAGCUGGUCUCGGUGACAAACAUCCUCUCACGAUUCGCGCCCUGUCAUUGCAUGGUGGAGGGUUGACGCGUGCGCAUCGAACUAUGGAUGCAUCCGAAACUCUCCGCCGCGCUCUGGCAAUUUCGGAGGAUGCGCUUGGCCCGGAUCACCCUCUGACCAUGGAUAUCGUUGGAAGUAUCGGCGUGAUGUAUACACUUCAAGGAGCUUUGCACUUCACUGGGGCCAAUCCACCAUCUGAAGCUAUCCCCUGGAUGGUUCGGUACCUGAAAUGGGUCGAACAGCGAAGGGGCCUCGAUAAUCCAGAAACACAGACCUCCCUUGAGAUGCUUGGAAACCUUCAUUUUGCUGCCCAGGAAUAUGAGCUGGCUCAGAAAUAUUUCGAACGUGCUUUGGCAGCAUGCCGCGGCACACAGGCCGCGGCAAUGCAGCAACGCGUAUCGAAUCGGCUUCAAUUGUGCCGGGCCAAUACUAUGCUUACCAAUCGCGGUGCCAUAGGAUCAGGGCUAGGGGGAUUCCUUUCCCAGUUGCAACGUUUUAACUAA